AGUUCCUCCUACGAUCGUAUCUACGUCUAGUUAUCUACAAAAAUAUACGACUUCACAGGUAAAAUCGUAGAAAAAAAUUAUCGCGGGACGAAAUUAUCGCGCACGAGGAGAAAUAUUAUUAUAUUAUUGUGCGCGCACAUAGGCACGCGAGGAAAGCCAAAUUCAAUCUGUGCAACCGAUUUUGCGACAAUGCGAUUUUUUGUCGUUUGACGAUCAGACAAGAACCGACUGUGAACGAGCAGAGGAAUUCCCGUCGGAGAUUUAUCGUAUCAUAUCAGCCGAGUUUCAACACAGCUGCAUGAUCAGACGAAUGUCUGCGAUUACGGUAACGGAGAUACCGUAAGCGGUUUCUCGCCGCUGAAUUUUCAUCUUAUCUACAUUCUGUCACGUGGACUGUGGCCUCCGCCGUGCGAAAAUUCUGAUUACACACGGAGAAGAUCGAUCGAGUGAACGUGACAGUAGACAAACUAAACACCAAGAACGAACGACUGCUCGAAGAAAAACGAAAAAUCCGCUUCUUAUGAAUCAAAUUCGAUCUCGAUUCCAAGGCAACCAGUUUGGCUGGAUUACCGUCACCGCGUGAUUCACCUGAUGCUCAUCCUCCGCAUACACAAAGAAUCGUUAUAACCGCGAGUCAAGGUGACAGACUAGAUGAAGUUUUAUCCUCUCGAAGGAUUCGAAAGUAAGUCCGAGGGACUCUCAAAGGGACAAGACGCAGCAGCGUCAACAGAUUCAUGCAUCCCAUUCUCCGACGAAUCAAGUUCUCGACUAUAAAUAUACGUUCCCGUCAGCCCGAUCCAUCCGUUCUCCUUCCCUCCCGCGGCAGGUUUUCCCCCUAGACCCAUCAUCGGAUAUCGACAUUCACCGGGAUUCCUAAGUCCCGCACGAGAGGAACGGCCGGCCGUGGAUAUCGUAUCGCGAGACAGCGAUCAUCACCAGGUAGGCGAACCACCGUCCGCCGCUCGCUCCCACCUCCGACCCGACUCGACUCGGCUCGGCUCGUCGGCCACUUAUCCCCUCGAAAUAGCCUGUGUUCCUUCCUCUCAUCCUUUUUAGCCGCAUUUUUCCUGUUUGCGAUGAGAACGCCACAUGAUAACCGGACGAACGAAGGGAAAGUUGCUCCUCCGUCCCUCCGCGGCGGCGGUACCGACCUGCCUCGGGCCAGCGACGGUCGCCGUGGCCAACCAGAUCGUGAGAUUCGGUCGCGCAGGGUGUCGCGCGCGCGUUGCAAGGUGAACGAGUCGCGGCUGGCUGCAGCCUCGGAUACAUCUCGUGCGUGUGGAGCGAGUGAGUGAGUGAGUGAACGCGCGCACGAAAGAGACAGAGGUGCACCUCCUUGUCUGAAACGCUCAACUGGGCUCAUUCGUCGGCCGUGAGUAUCAGCCGCGAGAUACAUCACGGUGGACCGUGCAGAUCGAAUGGAGAUUCUCGUCGGUGCCGUCAUCUCCCUCACUAACGUUAUCCUCCUCUGGCGAGACCGUUAUCCCUGUUAAACGUCGUCCGCGUGAUAUCGGCCAACAGGAAGUGCCCGGGACGCGGAUGGUGCGUACAGACGAGAUAAGCGCGGCUUCACCGGCGAUGCAGAAAAGCCCAGCGGGCGACUGUUGAAAGGUGCGAGCGAUCAUUACUACGCGGCGAGUCGAGCUAUUGCUUGCUUGCUUGCGUUGCUCUCGGCGACGACGCGGCGAUCGGCGAGCGAACGCGAACGCAAAAAAAGAGGAAGAAAAAGAAGAAAAAGAGGGAAGAAGAAGAAGAAGAAGAAGAAGAAGUAGUAGAAGUGGAAUCCAAGACUCCUGCUUGCGUCCAGCCAUUCGCCGUGAUUUCCACCAAGGGAUCGGCCGUGCGGUGUGCAAACGCUCGGAGAUCGAUUCCUCGCGGACGGACGGACGCGCGCGCGUUUAACGGGAAUGCGGACGCAGGAAGUGCAGCAGUUCGACCGCGACUUGCAACGCGCGCAGCUCGGAGAAAGGCGCAGACCGGUGACGGGAUUAGGCGAAAAUUCCGGUUGGGUUCGUUAGACUCUGUCUAUCUCUCUCCUUUCUCUCUCUCUCUCUCUCUCUCUCUCUCUCUCUCUCUCUCUCUCUCUCUCUCUCUCUCUCUUGCUGUCCCUCUCGAGGGCUGCGGCGAAUUUGCUGAGGCGAACGAGAGAACGUGCAAGCAGCGGGUGGUGUGCGCGGUGCGCGAAGUGGAGUGCACGUCGAUCGCGGAGACUUCAACGCGUGUACGACGCGCGCCUCGCGUGGCCUCGUCGAUACACGACACGUGUCUAUGAAUAAAGUGGAGUUCACGUCUAAUUUCUAAGCGACCAGCGGAGCCAGCGCGAGAAGGGACAUGCCUGCGUUGAAGCUCUUCGGGCGAAAAUGGUUGGCCGCAACCGACGAUCUCGUGUACCCCGGCAUGUUCGAAUUAUUUAUCCGCGUUGUAUGGUUAAUUCUCAUAGGAGUUGCCUGCACGAGGUACUACGAGAGCACGUGGAAUUGUCAGUCAGGAGGUGACUUGGUGCGCGUAUAUCUCAUAGGAGAAUUGGCCAUGCUCAGUAUCGUCACGCUUUUGAUACUGGUCAUCAUCAGGCAAAGCGCGAAAGGGACCAUCAUGGACACGCAUGCUCGACGUUGCGUCGAAUCGCUACUGAUAAUCAAGAUAUCGAUGUUACUGCCGGAGAUCGGUUGGAACGUCCUGGGCAGCCUGUGGAUUUUCGGACAGAGCGUGGAGUGCGAGCACGAGCACUAUUCCAUCACCGUCGUGGAGGCUCUGGUACUUUUCGACUGGAUCCUGAUCGGUCUCAGCAUCUUCGGUCUCGCUCUGGUAUUCGACCCGAUCGGUUCUCUGGAGAACAAACAGCUGGAGAGCUCUGUGGAGCAUGGCAAGCACUCGCGCAUCUGGUUACGGCGAUUCAGGUUCCUAUGGUGGAUGCGCAAGGAUGAAAGCGCGAGCGAAACCUUUCAACAUGUCGCUGGUCUUCUAACCGCAUUAUUCCGAGGUACGGACUUGGUGCCCUCGGACGUAAUGGCGGGUUGCAUCCUGCUCAGAGUCCGUCAGAAACGUGAAACUCACGAAUUACGAAGGCUGAAUUUAAUCCCGCGACCAAAUUACACUUCAGACAGCAGCGCAAUUUUUUCCAACACACCCAACUGGAUGUCCUUGGAGGCAGCCCAUCAUUUUCUACAAUUGUCAAUCGCCGCCUACGGCUGGCUUUUCGUAAUAUACCAGCAUACGUGUACCGGAUGUUUCCGUUUAAUACGAGGCAUGACAUGCUGUUCUUGUUUUCGACGAAAGAGCAACGUUAUUCUCGACGACAAUUGCUGCUUCUGUUAUCUCUCCGGCGUGAAAUAUUUAUCGAAGUUAUCGGAGGAGGACAUUCUGUUCGCCUCUUUCAAGAAUCACUUGUGCGAGAUACCGUUUUGCGUAAUCGCGGAUCACAAGACCGCCAACAUCGUCGUGGCUAUACGGGGGUCAUUAUCCUUACGGGACUUAAUUACUGACAUCGCAGCCGCGUCCGAUUCGUUCGAGUGUCCAGGUCUUCCCUCAGGUAGCACGGCGCACAAAGGUAUGGUGAUAGGAGUAAAAAUAAUAUUAAAGCAACUCAAACACCAUAAAGUCUUGGAGAGAGCGUUCGCCACAUAUCCCAAUUACCAUCUGACGAUCACUGGUCAUAGUUUAGGAGCCGGUUUAGCCAUUCUGCUAGGGUUACUAAUACGGCCCCGUUACCCGGACCUGAGAGUCUACGCGUUUGCUACACCAGCUGGGCUGCUAAGCAGAGACGCUGCUAAGGUCACGGAAGAGUUCGUGUUGACCGUGGGACUCGGUGAUGACCUUGUAAUGAGGCUCAGUGUGCACAGUAUAGAGAAUUUAAGAACAUCAUUAUUGACAACACUGCGAGCCUGUCGACUACCCAAGUACAGAGUAGUUCUGAACGGAUUUGGAUACGCUCUGUUUGGAGUACCCGAAAGAGACUUGACAAAAACGUGGGAUAAUUGUAAUAUAAUCAGCACAAUUCCAAGUCAAUCCCCUUUACUCACUGAAUUCGGGUUAGCAAGAGACGAGGAAAACAAAAUAGUAGAACGUGACAUUACAAAAAGAAGAUAUUCAAGAGAGAGGCUGUUUAAUGCUGGUCGUAUACUUCAUAUAACGAGGUGCAAGCUCGAGAAAACAGAGAAAAAGAACAAGAAAGAACACGCGAAAGGAAGAAAAUACGAGAUGCGAUGGGCACAGGCGGAAGAGUUCACGAAAUUGUCAGUGAUGCCGCGCAUGCUCUUGGAUCAUCUGCCAGAAAAUAUAGAACGAGCUCUAGCCACGUUAUUAGAGCAACAAAAUGACAUACCUUAUUAUUUCGAUCCUUAGUGUAAUCCAAAGAAAUUAUUUUAGAACUUUAAUAAAAAGAAAUUUUUGCAAAA